AUGUCAUCGUUAAACUUUCCAACUUGGUUUACUGAAACAAUGUCGCUGCAUAGAAAUGCCUAUGUGUCUGAACAAUCAAAUGAACAUUUGCUUGGACGUUUGAAAUAUCUUUUUGGUGUUCAAUACUAUACUGGUUUACUCACUCCGCCGUCAACUAAAUCCGAUACUAUGAAAGAAGACUCCGACGACGAUAACGACACAGUUAUCGAUUCGACAAAUAUAUUUUACAAAUGUCAAGAGUGUGACAAAGACUUUUCAACAUCGCACGGUCUCGAAGUUCAUGUACGACGUACACACACGUCCGAGCUGCGUCCCUAUUCCUGUGAUCUAUGUUCGAAGAGAUUCGGUCAUGCUCUCUCACUCGUACAACAUCGAGCAACACACAGACAAGAGCGUUGUUUUCAAUGUAAAACAUGUGGAAAAGCUUUCAAACGCUCAUCAACAUUGUCAACACACUUACUGAUACAUUCCGAUACGAGACCAUAUUCAUGUGUACACUGUGGAAAACGUUUUCACCAAAAAUCCGACAUGAAAAAACAUACAUAUAUUCAUACAGGAGAAAAACCACAUAAAUGUAUUGUUUGCGGUAAAGCAUUUUCUCAAUCGUCGAAUUUAAUUACGCAUAGUCGAAAACAUACAGGUUAUAAACCAUUUGAAUGCCAUAAAUGUUUACGUGCAUUUCAACGUAAAGUUGAUUUACGUCGGCACAUCGAUACACAACAUGGUGCCGAACAUAAUCAUGACGGUUUAAUUUUAAAAAUAGAACCAACCGAACAACAACAACAACAAAUGAGCAAUACUUCGAGUGAAAGUCUCAAUUCAGAAAUUCACAAAGAAAAAUAUGGGCCGAUUGGAUCAUUAAUUCAAGAACUCGCUGCUCUUCAUUGA